AUGGGAUUACAUCGAUGCGACGGACCACGACCAUCGGGUGCAAGGGUGGACAUGUAUCUAGCGGAUGUGCUGGAGAGUCUGGUGAAGAAGAAGUUGCUGGGCCCUCCUCGUGCCCUCCUCCCCCUCCAUCCCUGCCCAUCAACACGAUAUUGUUGUCCCCCUCGACCACACCGUCUAGUCCUUGCAAUGUGUCAACUCCCUCACCCUCGUCCCAGCAUCCUCAUCAAAGCAGCUUCCUCAUCCCUUGGCCUCUUCCUCUAUUGCUUUGUCUCUUCCACCAUCCACCCUCCUGCUUGCCUGUCCACCAAAAUCAAUGUGUUUAUUCCUUUACUGACCUUGAUUGGACUCUUUGAAUCAGAUUUUGCUACCAGUGCCAGCAUUCUUCCGGUACCAGAAUCAAUUACACUGAUUGGAUUUCAUCACCAACAUCAAUCAGAUUUCACUUGUUUAACCUCACACUAUCAUAUCAUCCUGCCUCAUCUUCUACCACCACCCUCCACCCUGUCAGAUUCUAGGCUCUGGCACGUCCUCUAA